UCAAGUUCGGCCAGUCUUCUAACGGCUUGCUUCCGCGCACCACGUGUGUCUGUCACCGUGUCCGAAUACUCGUUCCGUCCUCUCGUUGUUCUGGUUUUUCCACUUUUAUCCAUUUUUAUCCGCCCAUUUAUCCUGGAAAUAUACAGUUAUUUCGGGGAAGAAAGGAAAAAAGAAAAGAAAAGGAAACUGCACCCACUUACCAGAUCACGCGUGCCAAACAAGUUGGAAUUAACUGUGGAAGAACGUGGUUAGUAGCUCGUUAUAGAAACGCGCGUCAAACAUGAUAGAACGCGGAGAAGAUCUGUAUGUAAAUUGAAGAAAAAAUGAAAAUAUUCGAAGAAAUUGUCGACUUGGCAAGUCCUUCUAGCGGUAAUCUCAAAGAAGUUUGCGGAAAGUAUUGCAACUGUACGAAAGAAUUGGUAGCAGAAAGUGGGAAAUGAAAUAUUUUUCAGAAAGGAAGAUGAAAAUGGGGAAAAUUGAAAGAAUGGCAGUUUAAGAGGUAGAAAGGUAGAAACUCGGCGAAAUACGUACACUGUGAAGAAAAAAUUGAGUUGUGAAAAAUCGAGUUGGUCAGAGUCUUCUGUGGUUAAUCACGAUGAAGAAACCGAUACGGGCCGACAGUGACGAACAUUAUUUCUCUACGCGUUUGCUGUUUCCUGUUUCAAAAGAUUUGAAGGAUUACGUAAUGUUACACGCAACCUGCAGUAAAAAUCGUACACAUUCUGUGAAUAUUUAGAUAAAAUUGAUAGAAAUUUGGAACGUUUUUGAGAAAACAGUCUCGAAUAUUUCUCCGCGUUAGAUCAAAAACGUUUAACGUAAACAAUAUUCUGAUCAAAUAUUCACGGUAUAUCAUUUAGAAAUAUUCGUCGUUUCUUUCGGACAUUUAUCGAUAUUAAAUCGGCAGAAUGAUAUUUCAAGGCAAAUUUCUUACAACAAAGCGUGUUAUCCUUUUUAUUUAACGUUCUCCAUCCGGAAAAUGCAUCUUUCAAUUUGAAUUCUAUGAAUUCUCUAACCGUCAGCUUCUAUUCUUAGAUUUUAUUAAAUCGGUGAAAACUUCGAUUACAAUAAUUCAACUGUUAAUUACAAGUCUAACAUGCUUGCAGUUAAUUUCAAAUUCAACAGUUUUGCAUUAAUGAGUACCAAUUGUGUUUAAUUUAAAUUAAAUUAAAUUAAAUUAAAAAUUUCAACGUCUAUAACUAUGUUAAUUUCGAUAAUCCAUAAACAAUCGAUUUCGACCUCGACAAUUUUUCAUUUCGAUAAUUCCUCGCUUAAUAAUUGUCGGGUUUCGAAUUUGAGGAAUUGGCCAACCGAUAAUCGUACGAUUUUUAAUUUCUUCCAAAAAUUUCCCUACCAAUAGUUACAUGACUUGAAGAAGAAUUUCUUGACCGAUAAUUAUUGGAUUUUCAAUAUCAACAAUUUACCAACUGAUAAUUGGUUGAAUUUCAAGUUGAAAGACUUCCAAGUCCGUAAUUAUUUGGCUUUCGAGUUCACGAAUUUUCCAAAUGAUAAUUAUUUCACUCGCGAUUCGAUUCGACAACAAAAGUCCCCCAAUUGCAAAUAAGAAGACCGCCGAUUAAAAAGAUUAUUCGAAAUAAACGAAAAACCGAUCUUCACCUCUGAUAAGUUUCUUCGAAACGACCGAAAGCUCGAAUUACAAAGACGGAUCUGCAAAACGGGGAAGAGAACGAUCAUCUUCUCGACGAGGAGGAUUCUGUGGUCUCGAAAUUGAUUCGUCGUUCAGGACGUAGAAAAAUGCCUCUGAUGUUGAAGAUGGUGGAUGUAUUCGGCUCCUUGAGGUCACUGUUUAAAAUUCAACGGAUCUCCGAGGACACUAUGAUAUUUCGACUGCAUUAUCGCGCAACGGUGGCGCUUCUGCUUGGUGGGUGUGUAACGCUGGCGUGCAAAAGUAUUUCCGGUUCGCCGAUCCAUUGUGAGGCCUCAGGUUCCGUGGAUAAAAUCGUUUUGGAAACAUUUUGCUGGCUACAUACCACGUAUAGUAUGGUGCACGCGUUUAAUAAGAGUUUGGGACAGGCAGUGCCUUAUCCUGGUGUUUCGAAUAGCAAAGGAGAUGGACUGCACGGACACGCGUCGCAUCCCUUGGUCAAACAGCACAAGUAUUAUCAAUGGGUCAUCUUCUUUCUAUUGUUGCAAGCGAUCCUGUUCUACACGCCUCGAUGGCUAUGGAAAGGAUGGGAGGGUGGCAAGAUUCAUGCUUUAAUGAUGGAUCUUGAUAUCGGUCUUUGUUCCGAGGUCGAAAAGAAGCAGAAGAAGAAAAUGUUGCUCGACUAUCUGUGGGAGAAUCUUCGAUUUCACAAUUGGUGGGCAUACAGGUACUACCUCUGCGAACUUCUUGCCCUGCUGAAUGUGGUCGGUCAGAUGUUCCUGAUGAACCGGUUCUUCGAUGGUGCGUUCCUGACGUUCGGCAUCGACGUGCUCAGGUUCCUCGAGUCGGAUCAGGAGGACCGGAUCGAUCCGAUGAUUUACGUGUUCCCUAGAAUGACCAAGUGCACCUUCUACAAAUACGGCGUAAGCGGAGAGGUAGAGAGGCACGAUGCCGUUUGCAUACUGCCCUUGAACGUCGUCAACGAGAAGAUCUACGUGUUUCUCUGGUUCUGGUUCCUCUUUCUCGGCAUGCUGAGCUUCGUCACGAUUUUAUACAGGAUCGUAAUCAUAUUUUCGCCAAGAACGAGGGUAUACCUUCUACGACUACGGUUUCGUUUGGUCAGGAGAGAAGCCGUGGAAACGAUAGUUCGGCGGAGCAAAGUCGGUGAUUGGUUUCUUCUCUAUAUGCUCGGCGAGAAUUUGGACACGGUGAUAUACCGGGAUGUGAUGCACGAGCUGGCGAAUAAACUCGCCUCGAGACAUCAUCACAGUGUGCCCGGGAUCAAAGGGGAACUACAGGAGGCCUGAUCCAAGUUGCCUCGGAGAGCCACGGAAACCAGCGCGAUUCUCAAGGCAACGAGAAACUACUUUUCACCGGAAAAGUGCUACCAACUUCUGUUUUCCAGAGAUCCACGGACGAGCGGUCGAAUCAAACGGAUCGCUUUAUAUUCGUUCUUCGAAUCGUAUGUUUUUCCUUCCUUGUACCUUAGCACCGGUUCGAGGAUCGUUGGCGAAUUAUUUUUAUGGACGUUGUUGUUCCGACGAGAGCGAUCUCUCGAUCGAUCGUGCUCGCGUAAAAGACAAAUUGCCAACAACGUGCCUUACGACGACUUUCCAUCGACUUUCAAAGCAUUUGCGCUACACGUCGUUCGAAUUUGAUUAAUUUAAGAAGCGAAAGCACGGUGGAAAAAAAUCGUAUAACAAAUAUACGUAUAUAUGAAGAUUUGACAAAAAUAAAAAGAUAUAUAUGGAUUUGACGGAUAGAUUGUCAAAAACUUCAAAUCGAAGGUGGACCAUUUUCUAAUUGGCGAAUUAGUGAAAACUGAUGGAUUAAUUUCUUCUAAAAGGAUAAGAGCGUGAGAGAAAAACGAAAAUGGUUCUCCUCUAUCAGUGAAAUUUAAAGUAUUAUGAAAAUGAAAAUGAAAAUACAGGUAUGUAUUUAUUCCCGUCGCCUAAAGUGUUCUACCUCGUACAGUCGCGUUGAAAGGCUGUAACUUUGCCAUUU